AUGAGCGAAAACAAUCUCUUUGUUUCAGAAGAUGAAGAAAUGCCCCCUGUGUCAGACCACGAGCAGGAGCCGGCACAACCCCAGCCCACGGGCCCUGAGCCUGAGGACGACGAUGAUCCCAUCAUUCGUAGCAUUCCAUUGGUCCACGGCUCGCUCCCAAAUAGACAGCUGCAAUCGCUCCAUGUUCUCCAGUUUGCGGGGAGACCGAAGGCGCAAAACUUUGCUGCCGGUGGCUUGAAGGCGUUGGUGAAGCCCGGCUCCAAAGUGGUGCAGUUGCAAACGCCGAUGAACACCGAGAAAUUCUAUAACUUGGGCCGUGCGCUGGAGCUCGGAGGGCAUGUAGAAAACCUGGCGCUCCAGGGCGUUCUUACCGAGACGAACGGCGGGCUCUAUGCGGGCAGAAUCAUUGACCAGGACGGCGAGCAGAAAUUCGUGUUGAUUCCGCUCGAUUCCACGGCCCAGCUCCGGCCGCUGUUCAAAUACAUAGACGACUUGGACAGCGCCCGGUACCAGCAGGUGCGGCAGGAGAACUCCGCGGCUGAUCCGCAGAAACUGAGCGCCGUGCAAGUUCUCCAGACAGCCUCCAAGCCGGGAAGUAAUCCGAGUGCCGAGGGCCAGCUCAAUGGCGGCGUGGGAUCGUGCUUGCGUCACGUGAAACGCUUCAAUGAGGAGGAGUGGCUGAGUCUCAGCUGGUUCGGUGGGCAGGACAGCUCCACAGAACACAUCACACGCGCAAUAAGCAAUCCGCAGGCCGACAAAUUGGAGGCCUCGACAGUACUUGACGAGUUUCUUUGA